GUCUGGAUGUCGGGAAGGAAACGAACAUGGACCCUGGUACAUUUGCUCAGGAUUUUUACUGUCGACUGUGCGCAGCGGAAGGCGUUGUAAUACAUCCGCUUUUUCCACCGGGAGACAAUGACCCGAAGGAUGAGCUAGUGCGGAUGAUAGAGGUGCUAACGUCGGUCCAUCUCGCACAGGCGGAUGAUGCUGGGGCGGUUAUAUGUGACAAAUGUUUGCAAAUGUUGGACCUGUUCUGUAAGUUUCGUGAGGAGUGUCUCAGGCAGGAUGUACUGAUACGCACGAGAAGAACACUGUUGGCCGGGCAGCUGGUAAGGCAGCGACAUCCGCAGCAAGCAUUAUUUGAACAGCAAGACCUAGCUGUACAGUCGCCACCCGCAGUAGAAGUGAAAAUGGAGGAAGCACUGCCAGUAAUAGAAGACAAGCAGGAGGAAGUUAUCUGCAUACAAGCACAACAAUUGGAAAAUACGGGAAACAUCAAGCAAGAGAGUGAACUGGAUGAACCGGAACAAGUUCAACAGUUGCUAGUUGCGUCAUAUCCAGUACCGCUAGAGUUGGAAAGUCCAACAUUAUUGCAAUCGCCCGAUUUGUCCCAUGACACCAUCAUUAAUUCUAGUCUAAACGAUGCCUUUUGCCCGCUGUCUAGUUCAGCAUUGAUCUUGUCAACCGACAGUGUUACCAUCUCCUUACCCGAUACGGAUAAAAUCUCAUCAAAUGCGGCACGCCGAAUCAAGACCAAGAAUAGGACAACAAACCACAAAGAGUCAGCAGCAGGAAGUGAACGGAGUCAGGAGAGUUGCGUCCCUCAUAAUGAGUAUGAUCAGCAACUGCAACGGCAGCAGCAUUCCUGGGACAAGGCGAACCGUUGCUCGUUGGCUUGUGAUCCGUGCCAGAUGCGAUUCACCAAAUCGUACAAUUUAAAACGCCACAUGUACGAGGUACACGGUGAGGUACCGCAGGGUCUUACGGUGAUUCCGUGUGUGCACUGUGGCGAACGGUUCCUACGCGGUAACAUCCUCGAGCGGCACAUCGCCAAGGUGCACCAGAACAAGAGCAAACUAAAAAUCUGUGCCAUUCAGUUUACUUAACUUACCA